AUGCCUGUUCUUUAUAGCUUAAAGCUUGUGGUCGUUGGCCUUCUCAUUUCACAUCUCUCUGGUGUAGUACGAGGCCAGAGUCUGCCGGCAGUGGAUAAUUUAAAGGGCAGUACAGCUGUACCUGGAGUUGAUGGAAAAGGAGGCUUAGGAGAGACAGUUCAGGGUCUUGGUAUUGAUCAAAUUCUCAACCUUGACCUAGACAAUCAAAAGAAACUCGUUGGCGUAGGAGGCCAACAGGGCGAAGCAAAGAUCGACGUUUUGGCCGCAAGACGUGCCAAAGAGAACAACAGUACAGCCGAGGAGGAGAAGCAAAAAAUCAAGGACAAUCAAAAGAACGACAAGAAAAUUAAGCAAAAGGCUGAAGAAGACCUGAUAGCAGGUCGUCUUAAUGCAUUCUAUGCAUAUGGGAUGCAGAGUGUUGGGCAGAGCGUCCGUCCCAAAUGGGUUCUGGUCUUCGAGAAUGCAUUCACUGCCCAUGCAUAUUUCGGGCAGGUGAUGCAAGACUACCAGGAGUAUUAUAAAAAGAGCAGAGAGAACUCCAAGGAUCCUCGACCGCACCCACAGAUCUUCAUUUUCCCUCACGGCGUCGGGCCUGACGGAUUAGAACGAGUCAAGAAAUACAAGGACUACGCCAACAAGUUAUUCUUCAACCCAGUUGAUGAGAAGAGUAUGCAACUUCCUGUUAUUCCUGUGCAAGAUAAGUAUGGUUAUGUUUUACACAGCAGUAGUUAA